CGAGCUACUCGCACUCCUCGCUUAUACAACGUCGAUCUCUCUCUCUUUCUCUGUAUUACUAUCGUACACUCGUACCACACCGAGGAUACACACGUCCUGUGCAUCUACCGCAGCAUGGCUGCGGGAUCCUAGUGCGCGAGACUGAUUAGCUGCUAUGCGCCGAUGAGGAAGCUCGACUGAGAGAGAGAGAGAGAGAGAGAGAGAGAGCAGUGCGAAGUAACAUGGCCGAGACGCGCCGAUGCUGCCUGUUCCUGGCCGGUGCCCUCCUGCUGCUCGUUCUGGCCACCCCGAGUCCUGCUGCCGUUCGCAAGUGGAGAGCGCUCUUAAUUCCCGGAGGAUGAAGAGGACAAGGCUGCUGCAGUUCGACGAGUCUAUUUGCAUUAUUACUGCGCUGCAGCGGAGAGCCCGGCGUAAAAUUGGAUCGCGCUUAUUAUUACAUAUCCCUAUAUAUACUUUGAUAUAACCGCGGAGACGUAGAUCCGCGCGAGCGCAGUGGUCUAAUUUAAGCAUUAAAUUUUUCCAGGAAGAGAGAACGAGGUAUUAUUAUAAUACGCGGACACCGAGCGCUGAGAUUAUAUUAAGUAUUCGAGCCUCGACGAAUCGCGCGUUAAACGCGCCGUACGAGGGGUUGAAUCUCAUUACUGCCUGCAGAAUCUUGGCGUUACACGUUGGGACUUCUCGUUAGUCUCUCACCGCAGCUCCAGAUUCGGUGCAUGCGACUGUAGCGAGGGCUCGAUCAACGUCUAGGAUGUGCUUAAUUUUAAUGGAAGUGAUGCAUCAAUCUUCCUCGGCUGCUCAUUAAGAUCGACGUUAUCUCUUGCACGCAGUGAUAAUACGCGUCGCGAGUAAAUCUGAAGAAUCGGAGAGCCGAUAAAUUACCGGCUAAACUCCAUCGAGCUGUGUAUAUCACAAACACACGCCAGUAUAGUACACGUCGCAGCUCAUUUCGCGGCAACAUCCGCAUAUAGAGCGGCGCAUCGGUCCGGAUUAUGCAAAUAGCCACUGUACAACCUGCACUUCCGUCUUUGUUUUCCUGCGCGCCUUCACUACCCUGUUUCUAUGCGCAUCAUUUUCCUCUCUAUACACGCGCGCGCGUGUUUGUGUAAAAAAGCAGUCCACACAUAGCGGGCUUUUCAGCUUUUGAUCUUGAAUGCGCUCGUCCGAAAUUCAUCCAUUUGCGCGUCGAUGAAUCCGCUCCCGCUGCACAUACACGUGGCUUCCGCCACCGCCACAGCAGCAACAGCAGUAUACUACCUGAUGUAUGCAUAGAAAGUGUGUAUGUGUGUGGCUUUCUACCUAUAUCGAUCCUGGGUUACUCCGCCGCUGCAGGAGUCGGAUGUAACGUCCUGGAAGAGACGAUGUUUUCGUUAAUUAUACGCAGAUAUCUGUGUGUGUGUGUGUGUGUAUCGCCAGUACACGAUAUCCAAUUAAUCUUGCGUCCAGCGCUGCGCUGCUGCAGCACACAAAGAAGCUGGACAGGAGCAACAAGAAGAAAGGAGUAUGUGUAUACGUAAUCGCCUCGUUACAAGCGAUACAAUGGCAGUGCGUGCGAGAAGGCGCGAUAACGAAGAAUCAUCUCUAGAGAGCUGCUUAUCGCCUCGGAAAAUAAUCGAUGCGGGGGGAGAAAAAGCGCGCGGAGCGAGGAGAGAGAGAGAGAGAGAGAGAGAGCUUUCAUUAGCGCUUCAAAGAAAUUUCAACCUCUACUCCAGCUCGUUAAGCCCUUUCAUUCCGCAGCGCCUUUCUUCUUCUCUAUGCUUCCUUCCCCCCCACCCCCUUCUCUCCUAUAUUUGCGGCUACUGGGCCAAUCGAACAUUUUCCCCGACGUAAACGCUCUUCUCUCUCUCUCUCACCUGCGUUGUAACCCACUUCCCUGCGAUGAUUGUGCGAGCGCGAAAAAAUUCUGCAGUGCCACUUGAUUCUCUCACUUGUGUGUGUGUGUGUACACAGGUAGUUUUUUCAAGCAUCCCAGGCCCACUUUGUUCGCUCGACUUGUCUUCCGAGCAGCUCUUGUUUUCUUUUCCUUCGUCUUCUUCUCUCUUUUUUUUUUUCAUGCGCGGGGCUCCUUUUGGUUAACGAGCGGAAAACGCAGGCGAGAGAGAGAGAGAGAGAUUACACACUCGAUGGACGAUUAGUGGAGGGUAUAUACGCGCGCGACACGAUGAUACUUUGCUCAUCGGUUAUGGGCGCGUGAGAUUAUCGGGGAAAGGGAGGAAGGGAUAGAGAGAGAGAUAGAGAGGGAUAUAUGUUGUUGACCCCGUGAUCUAGAAGCGUAUAGUGUGGUAUAGAGAGAGGAGGAUUGGCUAGUUGGGCUGGACGGGUAUUUUUAGAUUUUCGGGGGUGAGCAGUUUAAUGUGGGGUUGUUUCACUAUUUAUAAAGUGAUUUGUAGCAUUUGUUUUUAUUAUUUGAAAUUCUCGACGUUUGUUUAACCUCUUUCCACCGUUUAUGAAACGUUCCUUUUCACAUUGCUUGGCUCUGAACGAUUUUUGAGCGUCUUCAAAAAACGCUUUGUGCUAUUAAGGGAAGAAAUUAUAUUAUACAUUAAAAUUUUGGUAAAAAGAAAAGCUUAAAGAGUGCUUGUUACUGCUUUAAAAUUUAUAGAACACUUUCGAAGUGCGCAAAAAUAUCUGAAAAAAGUAGAAAGCACUGUAUUAGAAAACAAAGAAUUCGACAUUGCCCCGAAUAUCGUUCAAUCGUAAAAUCAGUCCACAAAAUAAACUCCGCGAUCAAUAAAUAGUCUCUCGCGCAGACGGCGGUAAAUUUGCGAAAAUAAUAAUUUCGUCAAGCUAUAUUAUAUACGUAUAACAUCAACACAAGCCCCUGCAUCAAAGAGCUCCAAACGAAACAAACUCGCUCUCGCAAGCUCCCUUUCUCGGCGCGCAUACAUCCCCGAAGUGCAUGUAAAAUACACACACGCGCGCACACAUGCAACCCAGAGCACAUACGUACACGCGAAGCUGCAACUGGAGCAGCGAAAGGAGCACACAGCCAGGGAAUCUCGGCUCCGCCAGAUCAAUCCUACCACCACUACGUACCAGCAGCAGCAGCAGUAGUAGUAGUGGUAGUAGUCUGCAGAGUCCAUAGAAUUGAAAAUCGAACGCCAGCGAGAGAAAAAUAGAGAGAGAGAGAUACUAUGCACACGUAUAGACAGAGAGCUGCGAAAGUCGAGGUUGGCCUAUUAAACGCUGCACCCCGACGAGACUUGAAUACGGAAUCUUUUCGAACAAGGAGCGCGAAAAGAUCACGGCAAACAAAGGAUAUAGCGAGCUUGCAAGCUCUCUCUCUCUUUGCAUAAUACCUGUCUACAGACACAGACAGAUUGAAGCUCGUGUAAUUCGAGUGACGGAAGGCAUUCUCGCGAAGGGGACAAGAAGCUGCUGCUGCUGCUGCUGCUGCUUCUGCUUCUUCUUCUUCGCCAGCAGCAGCCGCGGCGGCAAGAGGUCGAGUAUCGAUUAAGUGCUCGAAACUUGGGCUGCGCGACGACGUCGGCCUUUCUCCCUCUCGCUAUCUCGCCCGCUCGAGAGUAUCUGUGCCGCCGCCGGGAAUGAUAAUCCAAGGCGCCGAAAUCUUCCCUCGCGCGCGUAAUCUCGUUAGCGCCUGCUCGCGUACAAUAGCCCUUGUCCAUGUGUAUGCGCGCGCGCGCGCGCGUGUGUGUGUGCGUGUGUCAGGGCCGUAGAUAAUUGAGAAAGUCGCGGUUCUGUUGUAGCCGAGCGAUGCAACAAGACGGUGGAGAUCUACGAGGACGUCUCUUCGCCGGUCGUGACCAGCGAGAGUUGGGGCAAGCCGCUAACUUGCUGGUACCGCUUCCGAGCCUUUCGUGGAACGCCCAGGGAUUACAUCCUCAGGGUGAGAUUCAAGAGGUUCAAGGUCGGCAUUCUCGUCAAUGCCACCACCUGUAUGGGCGGCUAUAUGCAGAUAAUGGACGGUAACACAAAAACCGAAGUGAACAACCGCAAGGAGCCCGGGGUCUUCUGCGGCGAGAGCGAGCAGCCGCAGACCUUCAUCUCGGAGACGUCCUUCGUGCGCGUGCUCUUCCACACGGACAACUUCACCGACCAGACCUACUUCAGCUUCGACACCCGAGCCGAGCAGCAGUUCGAGGUCUACCUGCGCUACGGCCAGCACCCGGAGCUCUAUCCCAACCGUCGCGGCGAGGUCGUUCCCGGCACCUACUGCGAGCGCAGCUUCAAGGACUGUCGCCUGCAGACCUGCUACGUCCAGUCGCCCGCUUUUCCCGGCAUCUACCCUCGCGCCCUCCACUGCAAGUACCGGCUCAACACUCGGCUGCCCUUUAUCAAGCUCUACAUCGAGAACGAGGAGUUCAACAUCGAUGGCCAGCGAUGUGAGAACAUCAUGACAUGUCCCAUGCGGCCCAUCAGCUCCGGCGCCGAGCACUGCCCCUACGACUACAUUCGCAUCUACGACGGGCUCAACGAGACCGCCCCGGUCAUCGGCACCUUCUGCGGCAUGGGCAAGUUCCCCUACAGCAUCAUCGGCACCGGCAAGGACCUCUUCGUCGAGUUCGUCUCCUCGCCGGCCGGGCCCCUGCUCAACACCGGCUUCCACUUCAACGUGGGUAACUGGCCCGGCCACGUAGACACCGCCAGCGCCAAGAACGGAUCCUGCGACUGGAUCCUCAGCAGCGAGAACCUACAGCCGAAAGUCGAGGGCAUCUUCCUCUCCGUGGCUCACUGGUAUCCCGCCCACACCAGCUGCACCUACCUCCUCAAGGGCCGGCCCGGGGAGAUCGCCAGACUCUACUUCCCCAGCUUCCGCGUCAACCGUAUCGAGUCGCCCAUUCAACCGUACGACGGCGACUGCGCCGAGAGCCUCACCCUCUACGACGCCGACUGGGCCGACGACGCGCGCAUCAUCAAGACCUUCUGCGACACCUUCAGCAAGCCCAUGGAAAAGCACGACUUCGUCUCCAGCUCGUCCUCCCUCUUCGUGCGCUUCGAGAGCAAGACCGGCAGCUACUCCGGAAGCUCGCUCUACUACUGGGCCCACUACGACUUCUUCAACGCCACGCGUUUCGGCGAGCCCGUGCCCAACACCGAGUGCGACGAGCUCUUCCCGGCCUGGAAGUACCGCGAGGGCCAGCUCCGCUCGCCGCUCAACACGCUGCUUUACAAGCGAGCCGGUGAUCCGCCGAGGGACCUCAGCUGCACAUACAGCUUUGUCACCGACCGGCGACUCUACGCCCGGGUGAUCCUGACCCUGCGCUCCGUCAGCUUCAAGGAGCAGCCCUACUCCGCUGGCUGUGGCACGUGCUGGGACAGUCGCGCCGACCGCGUCAUCGUUCACGAGCCCGAGAUCUCCCCCACUACCGGGAUCAGCAGUAGCGUUCUCAAUCCCGCUCGCGGCCAGUGUCGCUGCAAGCUCUCCCUCAACGAUCCUCCGGUAAGGAUCGUCUCCAAGGGAGAACGCUUGGAGCUGAAGCUUCUCGUCGACGGCGCGCACGCCGCCCAGAGCUACUUCAAGCAGCCCGCGCCGCUGUUCGAGGCGAGCUACGAGUUCGUGCACAGUCCACUAUGCGGCCCAGCGCUGCUAGAGCCUCAGACCGAUGGCGAGCUCGAGUUCCCGCACUACGAGGCGCUCAGCUACGUGCAACCGCCGCGCUCCAUCAAGUGCAUCUGGGAACUGCGCGUCAGCCCGGAACGAGACCUCUGGCUGCACUUCGUCAAGAGCAAGUUCGCCUCGCGCAGCUGCGAGGACGGCAAGCUCGAGAUCUAUCUGCCCAGUGCCCAGCACCCCAUCAUGGCCAUCUGCGGGGAGAACGUGAGCUACGCGCGCGACAUGCCGAUCCUCAGUGCUGCUCAAAUCGCCCCGACCGAACCGUCGAUCAACGGCCAGCAACAACAGCCAGGUAUCAGUAUACAGUUCGUUGGCUCGAUGGCACUGGCCAGAGCCGAGUUCAAGAUCGCCUGGACCGAGCUGUAUCACCUGCCGAGGGACCACGCUGGCAACCUCAACCAGCAGAAGCUCGAGGAGUGCGAGUUCCAGUGCCCGGGUAACGCGGGCUGCAUACCCGAGAGACUGCUGUGUAACGGUGUGGUCAACUGUCCCAAACCCGUAGGUCUGGGCAACUCCAGUACCCGCGAACCCGACGACGAGUCCAAGGAGACCUGCGGCAAGACCAUCGAACCGGGCAGCGUACCGGCCAACAGCUCGAUCGGGGACAUCGUCGGGUCGACCGGGUGGGCUGGUGCGGGUCUCGGUGCCGCCCUGGCUAUACUUCUGGGAAUCUGCUGUCUUUUGUGCACCUGCCGGCUGUGCAGGAAGAGCACCAACUCCAGGGACAUCCACGUACCUUACUAGACCUCUAUACUGUAGCGGCAUCGGUUGCGACAAUCAGUUUAACGUUCGGUUGUACUGGGUCAAUUAUAUUUGCGUUGUCUGUUAUCCAUAACUGCGCCCAAUAACGACGGUAUAAUUAUAGGCGAGAGGCUUUCAAUUCCGAGUCGCUUUUUAUUGCAAUUCAAUCUGUACAUAAACACACAUACACACACACACACACUCUAGAUGUAGAACGGUAUAUGCGAUGGAAUACGAAGGCACUCUGUCUCCGAGAUAUUGUGCUGAACGAGUACGAUAUACAUUUUGUAAAUACGCGAUGAAUCGCUGCUUUUACCGAUAGUUUUCGCGAUACAAAACUCCACUGUUUCUUUAUUCGCUGAUUUCAAUUAUAGAAAGAGAGAACUGCGUCGGCAGCGAUUCGUCAGUCUAACAGUAGCUGCGACUUAGAAUUUUUCCAGAGAAAGAUUAUAAUAUAUAAAUAGAGGAAAGCGAAGGAUGAGGGACGAGCAUAUUGUAACCGGCGACUAUCUAUACGCGACAGUGCGUGCCAUGCAACUGUAAAUAGCGAAAAGUUUAUUAUUAGCCGUAAGCGCUGCUGCGUCACAUUGUAGAAUUAUUAUGCAUUAUACUAUCCUACUUACCAACGGCGUCGGCACUUUGAUGGGGAUGAGUAAAACUUUAUUCGAGAAGAGCCGAGCGACGCUUUUGUUGCGAUGAAAACGCCAGAACGCAUUUUGUUAAUGUUGCGUGUUAUUAGAGCGCACACACAUAUACAGACAUACAUACAUACAUAGUGAAUUAGAGUUUUUGAGUAAUUACACAGAGGCACACACAUUGUUAAACGUAAAGGCGGUUCUAUUACAAAUAAUAUCUAUAUAUACACACGCGAUUACACACUCUCAUGCAAUAAUCCAGUCGGUUUUACUAGUGUUUCCCUGGAUUUUUAUCGUUAAACUACUAAGUAGACAAGGAUAGAGAGUAGUCGAGGAAAGCGAAAGUCAUUCCAUUCGUUAUAUUAUCAUAGAUGCAACAAAGUAGCAGUAUAUUCAAGGUAUCGUUAUACAUCAUUAUCUAUUACGAAUCUAAUUUAACGUAUAACAAAUGAAUCUCAGUAUACUGCCGAUUAAGUAUGAACAAAAUAAUAGUCAAUAAAGAUAAAGAUGAAUUGCAUUUCGACUAAGCUCUACCCUUAUUGAGAAAACCGAGUGCGCGAGAGAUUGAUGGAGUAUUCUAAACAAGCAAUGAUGAAAUGUGAUUGAGAAAAAAGUAUUGUCGUAGGAAUUAUUUAAUCAUACGGAAUGCCGCAUGUAUAAUUUUCUCUCUGAUGGAACUCGAGCACUCUCGAGUUUAGUGUCUCCCUCGUGGACACGCUCUCGACACCGGAACGAUUUAUUAUGCGCCGAGCUCCGGAAUAAUAAUACUCAAUUGAAAGGUUGUUGAUUUUUUUAUUGUUCCUUCAACGGCCACUUUAAUACAUAGGGAUGUUUAUUCACUUGUAUCACAUAUUGUGUUCGAAACGAUAGAGGACGACGUUUUGUUAAGUUUUUUUUUAUAUACGUGAUUAUAUUAAUUGACGACGCCUAGCGAGAUGUAUACCAAUACACAAUGUCGAUAUUGCGUUGUUCUGUGUGAUUGCAGCUGUAAUGAUAAUUAUAUUUUUUACCAAUAAAUAAAUAACUGGCGAACGCUCGAA